UUAUUAUCUGUGGUUGUGCUGUGUCAGACGCAACGCACGACGUGUAUUUCUAGAGAAGUUGGCCGUCAUUUUGUUAUAUUUGUGUAUUUUAUCUGCGAUUUUAUGUGAUUAAUCGUUAAAAUGGCGAAAUUAGUUGAUAUAUACAACAGCGAAAAAGAACCUGUGAUAAAAAGACGGCAAUUGCCGUUAACUAUCUACGAAAACCUUACAAUGAUCAUGGAUUUAAACACAAUGGGUUUAAUUUGUGACAAUCCACAAGUAAAAGGUCGGGAGUACGAAGAAUUUAUGCGCAAAUAUAGAAUUCUAACGACGGACGAACUGAAAGCAGCGCUCAGAGUCGAUGCUUCUGAUAUUUUUAAUGUAUUAAAUCAAAGCAUUCCUUGUGUAGGCUGUCGAAGAAGCGUGGAACGCCUUUUUUAUCAACUAUGUAAAUCAGGACAUCCCACAUUGGAUCCAUUAGUGCUGACGCCUGAUGAAAUAAUGACAAUAAGAGAAGACAAAAUAAUACAUCCACAGUCCCUAGCCACUUUACUAAAUGGUCACAGUUCGGGCAUAGAAUGUCUUAUUCUCAGCCAGCCGCGGUGGAAGAAAUCCCAACGAUGUACACUACAUUCGUUAGAGGCUGGCACAGCUCGGGGCUGGGGUGGGCAAGCUACUAGUGCGGGCGCUGGCGCCACAGGUGGGGCCAGCGCGCCGUGCGGCUGGGGCUGGGCGGCCUGGGGCUGGGGCGGCCGGGCGGCCUGGCGCGCCGCCUGGGACGCCAUGCGCGCCUCCGCCCGCGACCACGUUACCCUCGUACACUUCAACACCUUGCACGACACGCUCCAUAACUAUUUAAGAAAACAUCGUUUCUGUGCUGAUUGUAAAACUAAGGUAUUGCGAGCUUAUCAGCUGCUAGUGGAAGAGAAGGAACCACAGAAAGAGAAAGGAUAUGUUGGCGCGCUGUACGGUGGUAUCAAGCGAUGCCUUUUAGACAAGCACCUGCACCUGCAAGCUAAGACUGACUACAUCGCCCACCUUAUAGCUAGAGCGGAGCCUGAACUACUUGGAAACCACAGAGAGAGACAUGCUAAGACACUGGAAAUUGCACAAGAGGAGGUACUUAUCUGUCUCGGCAUAUGUAUUUAUGAGCGACUGCAACGCAUCUCUCUAAGGCUACGUGAAGAAGAAGGCACCUGUCAAACACUCGCCGCAGUUGCAGUAGAGGCACUCUAUCGCAAGUUUGAAACUGCUGUGGAACAUAAAACCGGAGUCUCGAAACUGCAACUUCUAUAUGAUGAAAUUACCCAAGAGGAACAGACUAGGCAACAGAGAAAGGAACAGAAGAAACUCAAACGACGCAAGAAGAAGGAACGACAGGCCGUUGAGAGCAAAUGCAAAGAGGCUGAUUCAGAAGAACCAGAUGAAAAGUGCCAAUGCGAGGAAUGUUUACUAGAGGAACGAGACACGCCGACGGAUCUGCUUUCACCACGCGACUACAUCAAUCACCAGUGUUACGAGGCCAGCGGUGACGGGUGUCAGUCGUGUCAUGACGAUACUACAAAACGUCGCUCACCCAAAAAAACGGGCAAGAAACGUACCAAAAACGGUAACCUCUCGCCGAACGAGCAUUCUCAAGACUGUGGCUACUCAUCUGGGAACAACGGAGGUUGCUGUGAAACUAUGUCUGGGAGUUCCUCUCUCAUGAGUUCACCCGAAGGUUCCGAAGUGGCGUGUUCCGAAGGGUUCUGUAAUCAUGAGAGAGGCGACUGUUUAGAUAUGGCUAAAAAUGAUAAGACUUUGUGCUCAGGUUUCACACUUUCUCUACAGGAAAUGUUAAUGGAUACAUGUUCAUCAGAUGAAGAACAGGAUACAAGUUAUAUUCCUAUAGAAGAGGUAAUGGAAUUUAAAUCACGUAGAAAUAUAACGGAAAAAAGACAGGAGUUACGACAGAACCUCCGCCAAAAAUUCGCUCAGCUAUGUGUGAACACGCCGCAGAUACAGCCGCUAAAACAAGACAAGCAGCCCACUUAGGGGCGACACUUACCUGUUAUCAUUCAACUGCACUUUGUAAAACCAGUCAUUUUAUUGAAGGAUAACUAUAUACCCUGCUUUUAUGGUCUGUAGAUAAAACACCUAAUACAUUACUAAUAUCCAAGAAUUCAGUAAGUAAUAAGUUGUGAUCUGGUUGGAACUGUACUGAUUAUGUGCAUAUUGUAACUAUCUAGAGCCUCUACAUUCAAUAGAAACUAAUGUUAAUUACAUGUAUUGUAGCAUACCAGGUUAAGUUCUUCAGAUACAUUGUCUAUCUCCCUGCUUACUAUAGUAAAAUAAAUUGUGUUAAAUACUCAGUAAUCUGCAUUAUCUCUAUAUUAGUUGAAGAUUAAUAAGCAAUCAGUGCAAAUAAUGAAUAGACUGACUGUAUUGUUCUCAUGUUAAACAAACGGAUUUGAUAUUUUCUUGAAUGAUCCGAAUCUACAAAACCAUCAUGUGAAAAUAUCAACAUUAUGCAGAAUCAAAGGAAAAAUCUUUUCCUAAAAUAAUUUAUAAUUAAUAGUACGCCAUUUAUAAUAGAUCCGUAUCAUUAUGUAUUGUAACCAUAAUGCAAUAGAUUAGUAUAAAAAUGUUGGUGGUUGCAAAUUCUAAUAUAGUUCAUAAAUUAUUUGAAUUUGAAAAUCUUUCGAGUGUUAAAAUUGUAUUUGGCGACAUAGUGCCUGGCACUGGAAAACCUGCAAGUGCAUGUUUGAAUGAUUCCAAAAAUACAAUGGAUUGACUGGAUUAAAACCAGCAUUUAAUAUAUUUACUAUUUAAAUUGUUAGAAAGCUUAGUAAUGAAAUAUUUAAAGUAGCAUUUUUUGAUCAAAUUAUUUUAUUUCAAUGCUUUAUGUGACUCAACAUUAUGUGGUUCAUGAUGAAUUAUUGCUCGUUAUCAAAAAGCUUAGAAAAGCAAAAGGUCGGGAGUUACCUUGGCUGUUUCGCCAUUGUUAUUAAAGUCGGAAAACAUUUGUAAACUCAAGUUUUAAAUAUACUAUAUAAUACAGUGAUAAUAA